GCCAAAACUCCGAGAACAAUUGACAGAUAUUCAGGGCCAAAUCAAUCCGAUAAAACUACCACAUAUUCUUCCCACUUGUGACGAGUCAACAAAGGAAUCUAAUUGUCCUCCUCCUUCUACGACCGUCGCUCAUCGGAAUAUAUUAAACCCCUUUUUCGCCGAUGGACGAUUACUUGAAUUUGUUUGUAGAAGAGACGUCGCUUUACAAUAGGAUUGUUUUGGGUACAUUCUUGCCGGAAUCAUGGUGGGGACCACUUCCUCAUUGGUUUCAAGGAUGGCUCCGCAACUACAUUGGUGGGGUGUUGCUUUACUUUGUUUCUGGUUUUCUUUGGUGCUUCUACAUCUAUUACUUAAAGCGCAAUGUUUAUCUACCUAAAGAUGCCAUCCCUUCAAAUAGAGCUAUGCUCUUGCAAAUAGGAGUAGCAAUGAAAGCUAUGCCAUGGUACUGUGCCCUUCCAUCACUUUCUGAGUAUAUGAUCGAAAGUGGGUGGACAAAAUGUUAUUCAAGAAUAAGCGAUGUCGGAUGGCUGUCCUACCUUAUUUAUGUUGCAGUUUAUCUGGUAAUAGUAGAAUUUGGUAUCUACUGGAUGCAUCGAGAGUUGCAUGACAUAAAACCUCUGUACAAAUAUCUCCAUGCUACACAUCAUAUAUACAACAAGCAAAAUACACUCUCCCCAUUUGCUGGGUUGGCGUUCCACCCUUUGGAUGGAAUACUACAGGCAGUGCCCCAUGUAGUAGCUCUUUUUCUGUUGCCUGUGCAUUUUACUACACACAUAGCACUCUUAUUCAUAGAAGCCAUAUGGACUGCAAAUAUCCAUGACUGCAUACAUGCAAAGGUUUGGCCUGUAAUGGGUGCUGGUUACCAUACCAUCCACCAUACUACGUACCGCCAUAAUUAUGGUCACUACACAAUAUGGAUGGACUGGAUGUUUGGAACUCUUCGUGAUCCUGUUGAAGAUGAAGUCAAGAAAAUGUAACAUUCAUUUGUGUUAUUCAUCAUCUUGGUUAUCAACUUGCCAAGUGGUUGGUGCUUCAUUUAGAGUUUGUCAUGUGUGCAUUUCAAUGAUGUAAAUUUUACUAGUGUUUUUUUCAAUGUUUCUACAAAAAAUAAUUAUCCAUGAAAAAAAAUGUGUGGCGGUUGCAUGAGUACUGAUAACUCCAUUGAUGGAGUUUUGUUAGACGACUAUAUGAAUUAAGAAGAGCUAGUCGAGAAGGAAGAAGAAGAGAUGCAGAAGAAAGGAAACAACAGAGAAGAAGAGAAGAAGCAGAAGGAAAUGAGAUGAGAGUUUACAUUGUUCACAAUGUCACAUUGUGCAAUUACAAUCCUGCUUACAUGUGGUGUGAGUAAGGUGCAUUUAUAGAGAGUUACUAGUUAGUUGUAAGUC